UAGAAACGGUUGACAGUAAAGCACGUCUAGAUUAGUUGGAACGCAAAACAUGUACGAGAGCUAUUAAAAAUUGAACAACAAAAAUACACAUAUAAACCGUAAAGAUUUUUAAGUUAAAAAAAUGUAAAAAAGAGAACAAGCACACAAAAAUAUAUGUAAAAUCAUGAAUAAAAAAUGUAUUAAAAUUUAAGUGAAAGUGAAUGCAAUUGAAAUUGAAAGUUUAUGAAACAAGGAAAAAAAUAAAGAAAAUUUUGCCUUAAUAAAAAAAAUAACAAUAGCGAAAGAGGAGAGAAGGCAGCAGCGAAAUAGCAAAUCAUUAAAAAAAACACACAAUAUAAACAGCAGCCUCAUUAGCCGCCAUGGAAAUAUUUACUAUUUGAGUGUUUAGUAAUAAAAUUAUUAUUUUUUUAUAUCUAAACAAAUAUAAAAGAACAUUUACAAAAUGCUUAAAACUGUAGGCAUACAAGUGGCCUACAGUUUAGUAAUCAUAAUAAUAGUAAUGGUCUUCUAUACAACACCCGUCAAGUCUAAACGAAGAGAAAUGAUGGCCGGCCGUUUGGAAAAUGUUACACAGACAAUAUCGAAGAUAUUGAAAGGUUAUGAUAUACGAUUAAGGCCGAAUUUUGGAGCUGAUCCUUUACAUGUGGGUAUGGACUUGACAAUUGCUAGUUUUGAUGCGAUAUCAGAAGUUAAUAUGGACUAUACCAUAACCAUGUAUUUGAAUCAGUAUUGGCGUGAUGAACGUUUGGCAUUUAAUGCUUAUGGCCCAUAUUAUGAUGAUGACGCUGACGAUGAUGGUGUCAAUGAUGUUCUAACGCUGUCGGGAGAUUUUGCGGAAAAGAUAUGGGUACCGGAUACAUUUUUUGCAAAUGACAAAAACAGUUUUCUACACGAUGUAACGGAACGCAACAAAUUGGUACGUUUGGGCGGUGAUGGCUCGGUAACGUAUGGUAUGCGUUUUACCACCACUUUAGCCUGCAUGAUGGAUUUGCACUAUUAUCCAUUGGAUUCACAAAAUUGCACGGUGGAAAUUGAAAGUUAUGGCUACACCGUUAGCGAUGUGGUAAUGUAUUGGAAACCUACACCUGUGCGCGGUGUAGAAGAUGCUGAGCUGCCGCAAUUCACUAUAAUUGGUUAUGAGACAAAUGAUCGCAAAGAACGCUUAGCGACGGGUAUUUAUCAGCGUUUGUCGUUAUCGUUUAAGUUGCAGCGUAAUAUUGGUUAUUUUAUUUUUCAAACAUAUCUACCGAGCAUUUUAAUUGUAAUGCUGUCUUGGGUUUCAUUUUGGAUUAAUCACGAAGCAACUAGUGCUCGUGUUGCGUUAGGUAUCACCACUGUUCUAACAAUGACUACCAUAAGUACUGGUGUACGGAGUUCCUUACCAAGGAUAUCAUAUGUUAAAGCCAUAGAUAUUUAUCUGGUCAUGUGUUUUGUGUUCGUAUUUGCUGCCCUCUUAGAAUACGCAGCAGUCAAUUACACCUAUUGGGGUAAAAGAGCCAAAAAGAAAGUGAAAAAGAGUAAAGAUGGCGAUAAUAAAAGAUCAGGGAAACCUGAUAAAUCCGAAACCUGUUCAACUGCCGAAGAUAUUAUUGAAUUACAAGAUGUGCGCAUGAGUCCUAUACCAUCAUUGCGCAAGGGUAACUAUAAUACAACAUUUAAUCAAGUGGGUACCGAAACUUUGGAUUUAGCUAAAUUUCCACCGAGUUUUAGAAUUGCACGUAACUAUGGUACCACAAGUCGUUCAAAUUUACGCUAUAGAGGUCAAAGGGGCAACAAACCGCGUGUUUUGCAUGCCAUCAAAAAGGGUGCAUCUGCCAUUAAAGCCACCAUACCCAAAAUCAAAGAUGUCAAUAUUAUUGAUAAAUAUUCACGUAUGGUAUUUCCUGUUAGCUUUCUAGCCUUUAAUUUGGGCUAUUGGCUAUUUUAUAUUUUAGAAUGAUAGCAAAUUAUGACACUUCACACUUCCGAUUAGAGGUCAGGUUUAUAGAGCAUCAAAAAAAAAGAACAACAACAACAAAAUUUGCAUAUGAACACCUUAUCCUGCAACCCGAUCCUAUGAAAUCAUUAUAGUGUGUAGUGUUGACCACAAACAAACUUUUCAUAAUAAAAAAAUUAGAAAGAGACGAAGCAAAGGAGCAAUAAAAUACUUGAAAACUAAAGCUUUCAAUAAAAGCUAAAGAUAUGAAAAUCAAUUACGAGAUAUUUUGUUUUAACGAGGGUUUAACAUUAUCUCAAGUCUUACAGCUUUAGAAAAUAGUUCGAUUAUGUCCAUGAUUUUGUGUGAACUAAGUGUAAGACAAAAUUGAACUAAACAUAAGUUCAAUUCGAAUUUUCAGUUACAUGUCUUAUAGACAGAGGUUAAAUCUCUAUUUGAUUCAGAAUAAAAUUCUUUAAAAAUAUAAAUCAUAUCAAUUACAGAAAUAAUCAUAAUUGUUUGCUGAAAAUUUAAUAUAUUCUUAAUACAAAUAUAAAAAAGGAUUUGUCUUGCUGGCUUAUAUGCUUAAAUAUUUCCACAGAACAAAAAGUACUUUUGCAAGCAGAAUAUAUUAUUAUUGUUUCAAUUUAAAGUUAACAUUUGUUAAACAAAGCAGAUUUUAAUCAAAAUUACAAAAAUUUUAACAAAAAUUUGAUAAUAUUUUAUGUAACUAAUGCCCAUUAUUACAACUUGGCAUUUAUGUAAAAUGACGAUAAUUUGUCACUCGUUAUAAUAUGUUCAAGGGAAGACAAGUGGACGUAUAAAUCCAUUAAGUAAAGUACAAUUAUAAUAACUAAUAACGAGUUAUCUGCAUUUUAAAAAUUAUACCUUUAGUUAUUGCCAAGUUGUUAUAAAGGGGCUUAAAAUCAAAGCAAACAAAAGCAAAACUUGAAAAAUAAUCAAAAAUUAAAAACAUAAUAAAAUCAAAAUAAAAUCUUUAACAAUAUUCAUACAUUUAAGUUUUAAAACAUUAAAAGCUCAUAACAAAUUUGACUAAAAUUGUUAAUUAAGAAAAAUUUAUAACAAAUUAAAAAAAACUGGAAUAUUAAAGUACAACAUUAAAAAAGAAGCCAAUUUUUAGAGUAUGAAAAGAAUUUAAUAUUGA